AUGUUGACGCUUCUCAACAAAAUCUGGGAGACCGGUCUCCUACCUACCCAAAGAAAAGUUGCCAUAGUAAAACAAGUACUGAAAAAGGGCAAGGGCCCUAGCAACUUUGACAAAUAUAGGCACAUCUCCCUCACAAGCGUGCUGGCUAACCAUAUGAAAACAAUAGUUAACAGGUGGCUGACUUGGUUCCUUGAGACUAACAAUAUACUUAGGAGUGAACAAGCAGGUUUUAGUCCGCAAAGAUCAACUAACAAACAAGUAGCCACUUUCUCCCAACACAUCAAAGAUACCCUUGAUGCAAGAAAUAUCUUUACGCCUGUAUUCGUCGAUUUCAAGGCAGCAUAUGACUUAGUAUGGAAAGAGAAGCAAAUUCUAAAAUUUGCAAAGAUUGGUAUUAAGCAUAACAUGCCAAACUGGAUAAAAGAAAUCAUUGGACAAAGAUCAUUAAACACCACUUACAAGAUGUUCAUUCAGCCAAUAAUAUUUUAUUGCUGUGAACCACUCAUUACUCCCACUGAGGUAACUCUCAAACCAUUCGAGAAGGCACACAACCAUGUAAAACGACUAAUUACUGGAAAGAUAAAAUCAACACCCAUUGACGCAAUGCUCAUAGUUACAGGAAGCACCACAAUAUGCUCCCGUAUCAAAGAAAAGGCCCUGAUCCUGUAUGAGAAGCUACGAGCAUUCCCAUGGAUAAGGUCUUAA